AUGAAGUAUAUCCUACCAUUGAUUCUCAUUCUAAUUCUUUCAAGCGUUAUUGCUGCUCCAAAAAAAAACAAAAAGAAGGAUAGGGACUCUGCUAUUGAGCACAAGAAAGAAAAAUCUGAAGAAUCCUCUGAAUCCAAAUCAGAGGAGUCAAACGAGGAUAAUGAAAACAACUCUACAACUAGUAUUCCGCCAACCGAGGAAGCAAUAACUACUACAACUCUAAAACCUUUGAAUACUGUUCAAGAACUGGCACGCGAAAUUGAUAUUUGA